AGAAACAACUGAUAGAGAGCCGCGCUACGUUACUGCAGAGCCGGUAUCGAUCCAGACCGAUCUGGACCGCGUGUACACAUCCAGAAAUCAUCCCAGAAUCUCGCCGUCGUAGCUUCGUAGGUCGUGUCGUAGUCUGCUGGUUUUUGGUCAAAAAAAGGGCUAAAAUUAGACAAGAACACUUAAUAAUAACUUUAUUGUUGGGUUCACUAUGAUGUUGUUUUGUGGUGGGGGCUAAUAUUGAGUGUUGUGGUGCACAAAAAACACUAAUCUAGUGUCCGGACGCGGUAAAGAUUCAUGUGCUGCCUGGAAUUAGAGAGGAAGUAGCGGGAUGUGGUGGCGGUCAUCAGGGGGGCCUGCGGGGAGCAGGUAGCGGCGUGGGCGGCUGCGGGACCCCCCGACGCCGACGUCCAUCAGCAUGCGGCGCGCUAGAGAAUGAAGAAGCAAAACGUCCGCACCCUCUCGCUGAUAGUGUGCACCUUCACUUACCUGCUCACGGGCGCCGCCUUCUUCGACGCUCUCGAGUCGGAGACCGAGAACAAACGCAAGAUUGUGCUUCAAGAAAUCCAAGUAAUAAUUAGACGUAAGUAUAACAUAAGCGACGAAGACUUUCGGAUAAUGGAGACAGUCGUCAUGAAAUCGGAACCCCAUAGAGCCGGACAGCAAUGGAAGUUUACUGGAGCAUUUUACUAUGCCACCACUGUGCUAACUACAAUUGGCUAUGGCCAUUCGACUCCAAGCACAGUGGCGGGAAAGCUGUUUACCAUGAUGUACGCCAUGAUCGGAAUCCCACUAGGCCUCGUCAUGUUCCAAAGUAUAGGAGAACGAGUCAACAAGCUCAGUAGUGUAAUUAUAAGAUCGGUACGAUCGUCUCUGAAUUGCAAACAAACGACAGCUUCCGAAUUAGACCUGAUCUGCGUAGUAACCUUCUUAUCGUCGCUUACCAUCCUUGGGGGCGCUGCAGCUUUCUCACGCUACGAAGGCUGGAGCUACUUUGAUUCUGUCUAUUACUGUUUUAUAACAUUAACCACAAUUGGUUUUGGAGAUAUGGUGGCCCUACAAAAAGACAACGCACUCAGUCAAAAGCCAGAAUAUGUAAUGUUUUCGUUGAUUUUCAUACUGUUUGGUUUGGCAAUCGUAGCUGCGUCCCUAAAUUUGCUCGUUCUACGAUUCGUCACCAUGAACACCGAAGAUGAGAGAAGAGACGAAGCCCAAGCUAUUCAGGCUCUAGCUGGGGCAGUAAGAUUAGAUGGUGACGUAAUAACAGCAAACGGAUCCAUUCUUAGCGGUCAAUUAGGUCAUCAUUGUACUGAAACCACUUCGCUUGAUAUCGAAAGUAUUUCUGUGUGUUCCUGUCCGUGUGGCUGUAUCCCAACAAACAGUAGACAUAGAUUCACGGUUCGAAGAUCGCCUACCCAAAUCCGACACCUUUUGCCAGUGUUGCCGAUGCACGAGCUGCAUCUACCCCAGGGUCCAGUUAUGCCCCCUCCGGCGAUCUAUACGAAUCACAGGGCUUCGAUUUGAGGUUCUCACCACUAGAGCCAUUAAUAUGAUAGGCGCCAGAAGAUUUAUCAUGACUCAUCCGCAAAGUUUGAGCCUUCAAUUGAAGGUCUAUUGCCAACAAGAAUCAUAAAUGAAUCAGAGCCAAUUCGAUUUCUUCAAAAACUGUUUUUCAAUAAUUCGACUGGCGCUGGCUGAUUUCUGUUUGCUGGUUGAAACAAUGUAUUAGAAUAUGCAAAUUGUCGCGGGUCCAAGUGCCAUUUGAAGGAUGCAGCCUUAAAUUUAAAAAAAUUAAAUAAAGCAUGUGAGGGAUAUAAGGGGCAAAAUGGAUUUGUAACUCAGUUAGGAAAUUUUCAAUUUUUAAAAUUAUUAUAAGUUAAGGUUUUUUGUCAUUGAAUAAGGAAUUUAAUGACAAUGUAAAUAUUUUUCACAAUAUAUCUCUUUUUCUUUUCA